GAGCCGCUCGCGCCUGCGCCCUGAGAGGCGAUCCUGCGAGGAGCGGGUGGACCGCGCGGCGGUUUCUCUUUCUAAGGGUAGUCGGGAGCUAAGCCACCUUUGCCGCUACCAUGAGUCGCAGCUACAACGAUGAGCUGCAGUUCUUGGACAAGAUCAAUAAAAAUUGUUGGAGGAUCAAGAAGGGCUUUGUGCCCAACAUGCAGGUUGAAGGAGUGUUUUAUGUGAAUGAUGCUCUGGAAAAGCUAAUGUUUGAGGAAUUAAGGAAUGCCUGUCGAGGCGGUGGUGUUGGUGGCUUCCUGCCAGCCAUGAAGCAGAUUGGCAAUGUGGCAGCCCUGCCUGGGAUUGUUCAUCGUUCUAUUGGACUUCCUGAUGUGCAUUCAGGCUAUGGGUUUGCCAUAGGGAACAUGGCUGCCUUUGAUAUGAAUGACCCUGAAGCAGUAGUAUCCCCAGGUGGUGUCGGAUUUGACAUUAACUGCGGUGUCCGCUUGCUAAGAACCAAUUUAGAUGAGAGUGAUGUACAGCCUGUGAAGGAACAACUUGCCCAAGCUAUGUUUGACCACAUUCCUGUUGGGGUGGGAUCAAAAGGCGUCAUCCCAAUGAAUGCCAAAGACUUAGAGGAGGCAUUGGAGAUGGGUGUGGACUGGUCCUUGAGAGAAGGCUAUGCAUGGGCUGAAGACAAGGAACAUUGUGAAGAAUAUGGACGGAUGCUACAAGCUGACCCAAAUAAGGUCUCUCCCAGGGCUAAGAAAAGGGGCCUUCCUCAGCUGGGGACCCUGGGAGCAGGCAACCACUAUGCAGAAAUCCAGGUUGUAGAUGAGAUUUUCAAUGAGUAUGCUGCUAAGAAAAUGGGCAUCGACCAUAAGGGACAGGUGUGUGUGAUGAUACACAGUGGAAGCAGAGGCUUGGGCCACCAAGUAGCUACAGAUGCACUGGUAGCUAUGGAAAAGGCCAUGAAGCGAGACAAGAUUAUAGUCAAUGAUCGGCAGUUGGCUUGUGCUCGGAUUGCGUCCCCAGAGGGACAAGACUAUUUAAAGGGAAUGGCUGCAGCUGGCAACUAUGCCUGGGUUAACCGCUCUUCUAUGACUUUCUUAACCCGUCAGGCUUUUGCCAAAGUCUUCAACACAACCCCUGAUGACCUGGACCUGCAUGUGAUUUAUGAUGUUUCUCACAAUAUCGCCAAAGUGGAGCAGCAUGUGGUAGACGGAAAGGAACGGACGCUGUUGGUGCACAGGAAGGGAUCUACCCGUGCAUUCCCUCCUCACCACCCCCUCAUUGCUGUUGAUUACCAACUCACUGGACAACCAGUGCUUAUUGGUGGCACCAUGGGGACCUGUAGUUAUGUUCUGACUGGCACUGAACAAGGCAUGACUGAGACCUUUGGAACAACCUGUCAUGGGGCGGGUCGUGCAUUAUCUCGAGCAAAAUCACGCCGUAAUUUAGAUUUCCAAGAUGUCUUAGACAAACUGGCAGAUAUGGGAAUUGCAAUCCGUGUUGCUUCACCCAAGCUGGUUAUGGAAGAGGCUCCAGAGUCCUAUAAGAAUGUGACAGAUGUCGUAAACACCUGCCAUGAUGCUGGGAUCAGCAAGAAGGCCAUUAAACUGAGACCGAUUGCUGUUAUUAAAGGAUAGAUUCAAGACCAUCAGAUUCUCUGUGGACUCUUAAGACAUCACACUCAAGGCCUAACAAGAUCCACAAUGUACAGCUGGCGCUGUGCAUGCCGCAGUGGCUGGUGGAGAGGCUGCUAUUGCAGGGUUGUAAAAUAGCCUUCCAGGAGUCACAUGUUGUGUCUGCAUUUGGAGGAGGGCAAAUGUGACUCUUUAUCCCACAGGUUUUUUUGGAAUAUCCAUUGGAAUUUGGGGAGGGAUCAAGAAAUUGCCCUGCUUGGUCAUACAAAUCUGUAGUCACUUGUAGAGAAUGGACUUCUUUACACAAAGCUGCUUCUAGCCCAGUAGGUAUCAUGAAAAAUGUUCUAUUAAAUAUGGUUUUUGAAUGUU